ACGGCUUAAUCAUCCCUACGAGCGCACCCACCGUCGUCGUCUCCGCGAAGAGAUCUUCGUGGAAGGAACCCUCGCCUCGAAACCUACCACCCCUCUCCGAACUCCAAUCCUUCUAGAACCUUCCGGAUCCUCCGACCCCCAUGGCCUCUUCACCCCUCCCUCUCGUCUCCCUCCUCCUCCUCGCGCUGCUCCUCUCCUCCGCCCCCUCCCCGUCCGCCUCCGCCUCGCUCUCCUUGCUCGCCGCUACCUCCAACGGCUCCGUCUCCGCCUCCGCGGCCGCCGACCAGGACCUGGAGGAUCCGGCCCCGGAGCCCACCUUCCUCGAGGAGGUCAUCGACGCCGUCUCGGAGAAGUACGACUGGGACCCCAACGCCGAGGUCAGGGUCUGGCCGCUUGACGCCGACGCUGUCCGCGUGGGCGCCGUGCAGCGGUACGAGUUCCGCGCCCGGGCGGGUGGGGCGGCGGCUCUGGCGCGGCUCGCCGACGAGGCGGUGGAGUGGAGGCGCCCCGACGCGCCCGCGGUCGAGGAGGUGGACGGACCGGAGGGGAUCGACGUCGUCCCCGGCGACGGCGCGUUCGGGUUCGGCCCCGGCGUGAGGGACGUCGAACUGGUCGGUCCCGUGGAGGUGAGGCUCUCCGGUGGCGAGGACGGCGGCCUCGUCGAGCUCCAGUUGCCGUCGCGGAAUGCCACAUAUACAAGGCUGAAGAGGAUACUUGUCACUGAUAGCAUUGCAUUAAAGGUUAUUGGCGCACAGAAAGUUUCUUUAACCCACCCUCACAGUAUAGGCCUUUUAGCUAACGGAAGCUUGUUGACUAGUAACGACAACCUAAGCAGAAUAUGGCCUUUGAGCUACUCAACCUGUGCUCCAUUACUUCAAGUGGGUGUUGUAGGAUCAGUCGUAAUUGUUGUGCAUCAAACAAGUGUAUCUGGAGGCCAUGUGAAAACUUUGUUGAGGUCACAUGACACCAUGGAGUUAUUGUUAGACAAGUGUCAAAUGAACUUCAGUGAAGCUAAAGUGACAUCAAAUCGGUUGAUUUCAGUAUGUUUGUUCUGCUCAAUUAGCCCAAGACUGGUAAAGCUUGAAAAGAUCUUGAAGACUUGGUUUAGCAAAAGAAACCAGGUGAAUAGCCCAAUGCACUUCAUUGAAGCUAAAGUGACAUCAAUACCUUUGGUAAAAUUUCGUUUGGAGCUUGAAAGGGACAUUGCUGAAGACGAUAUCAUCUGGGAAAAUAUUUCAGAGUGGAAAACGAAACCUACGGUCCAGCAAGUCACACUUGACAUUAUAGCUAGGGUGGAAGAUGACGAUAGGCUAAAGGCUAUUUCAGUGAAGAAGGUUAGAAAGCCGUUUCCUAUAAUGGAUGCAAUUUCUUGGGGCAGCCUGACUUCAAAUGUUUCUUUCACAAAGUUUGUGUCAUUUGUUUCACCACCGGAACCGCUUAUGCUGGACGUAAAGUGGUGAUAGUUUUUGGUCUAAUUUACUUCUCAUAGGACUGAUAGGAAAGUGCACAUAUACAUCGAUUCCGUGUAUACUUGAUUAGGCUGGAAGUGUACCUGAAAACAGGAUUUGACUGUAACGUCAUGUUAAAUUUUUGUAUUGCUUCUAGCAACUGUAUCAAUAAUGUCUUCCAUUGUUCAUA